AUGUCGGCGACUUCCAAAGCCCCUCCGCCGCCCACCGCCAACGGCGUCAUAACCGCUCCCCCCAUGGCCGGCGGCAAUCGCAAGAAGCAGAAGCGACGUGCAAAGCAGGCCGCCAAGCAAGCUGCACAGGUUCCCAUGCCGUCUGCAGCGGACUCCACCGAUGUCGGCUACGAUGAGGACGCGCUCCGCUACGACGACGAUGAGGAGGACUACUCCGACGAGGGCGAGCCUGAUGAUUACGACGACGACCCGCACUAUGCGCACGAAAACGGCGUCCACUCGCCCCCUCACGCGACAGGCAAGAAGAACAAGAAGAAGAAAAAGCACUCCGUCGGACAUGGCCACAGCGCAUACGACCCGGACAUGCUUCCUCCCAUGCCUGCGCACGCCCAUCCUGGUGCAACUGCCGUACGCCCGCCCCCUCGGUCAGGCCAGAGCAACCCGAACAUCUGGAAUACCAGCACCCAGCAGGAGCGCCAGAAUAUCAAGGAGUUUUGGCUGAGCCUAAGUGAGGAGGAGCGCAAGGGACUGCUCAAGAUCGAGAAGGAAGCGGUGCUCAAGAAGAUGAAGCAGCAGCAGAAGCACUCCUGCUCGUGCACGGUCUGUGGGCGCAAGAGGACGGCAAUCGAGGAGGAGCUGGAGGUGCUGUAUGAAGGCUACUACGAGGAGCUUGAGCAGUACGCACACCAUGAUCACCCCCCUCUGCCCUCCACCGACGGCAUGAUGCCCGACCCUCUGCAGCAUCGGCAAAACCACCCUCUGAACGUGCCCCCGCCUACGCCUCAUCUCCAUAAUCAUAAUCACAAUCAUCACCACCAUCACCAUCAUCCGCAUCCGCAUCCGCACCACAAGACCAGCCACAUGCACGAGCAUCUGGGAGAGGACGACGAGUUCAGCGACGAGGAAGAGGAAGAGUACAGUGAGGAUGAAGACUACGAUUCUGAAGAAGAUGAUGAGCCGCAUCCUGAACCUCUGCCGCCCCGCGCUCAAGCAGGUGUGCCAGACUUCUUCAACUUUGGCUCACAUCUUACUGUCAAAGGUAUCCUAACACCCUGGGUUGAAAAGCUGAAAGCGGGGCUAAAGGGUAAUGCAGACAAUCUCCUCACCGUCGCUGACGAUCUGCUCAAGAACGACGGCCGCAAGUUUAUCGAAAUGAUGGAGCAGCUCGCCGAGCGUCGCAUGCAGCGUGAGAGUCGGUCCCAGUACGAGGCGGAGACUCAUCCUGGGUAUCCGCCAGACGAUCCUGCAUACGCUCACGAAGACCCCCUGGCCGCUGGUGACGAAUUCGAUGAUGAUGAGGGGUCGUACGAUAGUCAAGACGAUUACGAGGAUGAUAUCGAGGAGGAAGAUGAGAUGGUUGGUGGCCUUCAGCUGGCAAGUCGCGAUACAACUCAAACUGAUCAUUCACAGGGUGGGCUAACCGAGGAGCAACGAAUGCAGGAAGGUAGACGAAUGUUUCAAAUUUUUGCCGCUCGCAUGUUUGAACAGCGGGUCUUGACUGCAUAUCGAGAGAAAGUCGCGGCCGAACGUCAGAGGAAACUCCUGGAGGAGAUUGACGACGAAGACAAGCUCCAGGCCCAGCGAGAGGCGAAGAAGCAACGAGAUGCGCAGAAGAAGAAAGACAAGAAGAAGCAGCAGCAGCUCGCCAAGGCCGAGGAGAAGGCGAAGCGGGAUGCCGAGAAGGCUGAUGAGGAGAGGAAGUUGAGAGAGGCGGAGGAGAAGAGGUUGGAGGAGCAGCGGAGAAAGAAGGAGGAGCAACGUAGGAAGCGUGAGGAAGAGAAGAAGAAGUUGGAAGAGGAGAAGGCGAGAAAGGAGGCCGACAAGUUGCGGCGACAACAAGAAGAGCAACAGCGGCGGGAGGAUGCCGAGCGUAAGGCGCGCGAGCAGAAGGCUGCUGAGAAGGCGAAGAAGGAAGAGCAGAGGAAGCGUGAGCGAGAGGAGCGAGAGGCUCGUGAGAAGGAAGCACGAGAGCGCAAGCUUCAAGAGGAGCGCGAGAAGAAGGAGCGUGAAGCGAAAGUCAAGGCCGAUAAGGAGGCAAAGGAGCGAGAGAAGACGGCGCAGCAAGCUGCACACCCACCGCAGCAACCUCCGCAGAUUCAGAAGCGCCCUUCACAGCCUGGCAUGGUGGCCAUCCCUGGGGUUUAUCCCAAGCAGACACCGUCCGGCAUCUCCUCGCCACAUCCGCAAAUCGCCACGCCCGCGAUUCCAAAGGCGCCGACGCCUGCGAAGCAGAGACAGCAAUCACAGCAAGGCUCGCUUGCAUCUUCACCGAAGCAAGCACAGUCACAGCUAUCGAGUGCGCCCAGCAAAUCGUCUUCUCCUGGAAGCAAUGCACCGCAGACUUCAGUCCAGCCGAAGACGAUCAUGCAGAAGCCAGGAAACCAGCAGCCCGGCCAGCAGAAUCAACAUCCAAUUUCCAGCGCAUCACCACUCCACCAACAGCCAAUUCAACCUCCACCAGGCAUGCCGCACCCCCAGCAUCAUGGCGGAGGAUUUGGUGGGAUGCCGCCUAUGGGAUUCCCAGGUUUCCAAGGUCCUCAAGGUCCCAUGAUCCCAAGCAUGGCACAGCGAGGUGGUCCGAUGGGUAUGUUUCCUCACCAGGGACCGCCGCCAAUGGGCAUGCCAAAUCGAAUGUCGUUCCCCGGCAUGAACGGGAUGCCUCCUCCAGGUAUGAUGGCUCCGCAAGGCAGAGGAUAUCCGUUUGAGGGCCCCGGUCAGAAUCAACCCCCUCCUGGAUUCAAUCACCACCCGAUGCCACAGCAGAACCAGACGUCACCUAUUGGCAGCUCGCCAACCGCCCCUGGAAGUGAAGACCAGCGACAGAGCAUGUCGGGUCAUUCUCGCCAACAGUCCAGCGACAAGGAGCGAUUCGAGUCAGCAGCUAACCAGCCGAUUGCACGGCCAGCACCGAUUCAGCGGCCUAGUAGUGUGAAGCCUCAAGGACCAGAUCGCACAGGGUCGACUGAUCUGGACGAUCUGUCCAAGCACCUCGGAAGCUCAGCAUUGCUGGAUGACAGUGACGAACCCAUUACCACCAGCAUGGCUGACAACAGACGGCACUCGAAUAUCGCACCUGGUGCGAGGAACAUCACCAUGCCUGCUCCAGGUAUCGGUCAAAUCGGUGGCUUCGGUGCACCAGGUGGAUUCGGCACGCCUGCAAGCAAUUGGAACACGCCGGGCAUGCCGUUUGGUCAGAGUCCAGGUCUCGCUCAGCCAGGUUGGGGUAGUCUUCCAACUCCAGGCAUGAGCAACUGGGCGAACCAAAAUGCUCCAUUUGGUGCUUCUGGCUUUGGCUCGAUUGGCGGUUCGAUUGGUGCGGCUCCCAUGCACCGACCGGGCGUAGGCCUCAGCCGACCCCUGACCAUCCGUCUCGCGGUCUGCCAAGCGUGCAAGCAGCUCUCCCAAGCCAACCGCGGUGAGGGCGACGGCUUUCACAACGUCGACGUGCUCCUCCACCAGAUCGAAGCCAACCGACCCAUGCUCGACUCACCGCCGACUUUACGGGAGAUUGAAGAAAUCUGCGAGACCGAAGGCGACAGCCAGAACGGCGGUGGCGAACUUCACGUGCGCAAGGAUGAUGGCAGUCCAGCCUUUGCCGUCAAGUGGGAGGCCGACGCAGGUACACCAGACCAAGGUCGAGGCAACUCUGGUCUUGGUGAGAUAGGAUCUCCCAUGCCGAGUCGACCGUCGCCUGCGACUGGUUUCGGCGCUCCAGGCAUGCCUAUCGGACGUGCGCCUGGGAUGCUGCCGAAUCUGGGCGCCGUGGUGGGUUCUUCGAAUCCGAGCUAG